AUGCACGGUGCAAGGCAUAAAAGGCGCUGCACCGUGCGCUCCGAAACGAAGAGAAUGCACGGUGCGGCGAAAAAGAAGAGAGUGCAUUGGAAGAGGAGAGAUGACGAACCGCGAGAGGAAUUGCAGGGUGCAUUCAAUUUGACAAAACAAUCUCAAGGUGGCGACAGGGAGAAAGAUCGCAAAGUGCGGCGUCGCUCAACUCGCACCGUGCAAAAGUCCACAAUUCCGAGACGAAACGAUGAAGCGACGCGACAGAAACGAACUUGCGACAAAAGCAGUUGGCGACAAGUGAGUGGAAUAAAGUUGCGACAAAAGUUGGCGACAUUUGAGAAAGUGGAGCUGCGACAAAAAGAUGACAGCGAAUUGCGCCAAAUGAAAAAACGGAAAUUGCGACAAAAGUUGACUGCAUUUGAGUGGCAUAAAGCUGCGACAACAGCUUUUGCGACAGCAUUUGCAAGAAAUUGUCGAGUCGCAAAGACUGAGAAAUCGAGCGACAUUUGUUUUCACCUUGCGACAUCAAAAGCUGUCGCACAUUCCAAACUCCUGCGACAAGCAUUUUUGUCGCUUUUUGAUUUUGCACUGUGUUCAAUGGAAUGUUUGCGACAAUUUUUUUCGGAUGUCGCAAAUGGGUGA